AUGCAGGCUUUAGAUGAGAAAAAAGACAAAAUCACGAAACAACAAACUGAAUUAAAGGAAACAAUUUAUCCAACCUACGAGGACAUUGCCUUUGAUGUACAAAACAGAAUGAGUCAGUUGGAAACGGAAUAUGGAGAUCUCUCAACAGCCAUAACAAAACAGGGAGAGUACUCGCAUAGAGAAAUUGACAAACUUGUCCAGAAACUUAAAGCUGAAGUUGAUGAGAUGAAAAACACACAGUUAAAAACUCUACAGAAACAUCUGGAUGAAAUAAACAUGACAAUGUCUGACAUCAAAGAUGAAAUCAACCUAGUUGAAAUGGAUAUAGAAACAUAUGACUUGUCAAAACUAUUUGAUUUCACAUCAAAUGUAAAUAUAUACAGAAUUCUUCCACAAAAAUUUGCACCAUCUUUACCCAAAUUUACUCCAGGAAAAAUUCAAGGAGAAAAACUUGGUAAACUGUUCGGAACCUUAUCAUCAAGUUCUUUUACUUCAGAUAAACAUGGCUACAGCUUGAAGACAAAACAGAAAUCACCAGAAGCUGGAUCCUCUCCGCCAGUCAAACAGCUGCUUGAUAAACCGGAGAUUGUCACCACCAUAGAUACUGAGUAUAAACAAAUUUAUAGUAUGGCCUGUGUGAGUGAUAAAGAAAUCUGGACAAAGGGAUAUGAUAGCAUCAUGAAACUCUACAGCAUCAACCAGGGAUCACUACUCAAGUCAAUCAGAACCAGGUCAGGGAACAUCUCAACUGACAUUGCAGUGACAAAAAGUGGAGAUCUAGUGUAUAUUGACGGAAGGGACAGAACUGUGGACGUUGCAAAGAAUGAGAAGAAAGAGGAAGUGAUCAAAAUACAGAAGCACUGGGAUCCAAUUCGUGUCUGUAGUACCUCCUCCGGUGACCUGCUGAUUAUCAUGUAUAGAGAUGAUGAAACAAAAACAGAAACAAAAGUUGUCCGUUACUCUGGCUCCACAGAAAAACAAACCAUUCAGUUUGAUGAUAAAGGUAAUCCUCUCUAUUCAUUUAGUUAUGAUUAUUAUGGAUACAUAUACAUGACUGAGAACAGGAACUUGGAUAUCUGUGUGUCUGACUGUCUAGCUAGUGCAGUAGUGGUGGUCAAUCAGGCCGGGAAACUGAGAUUCAGGUACACUGGACAUACUCCUGCUCCAAACAACAGCCAAUUCACUCCACUAGGAAUCACCACAGACAGUCAGGGUCACAUCCUAACAGCUGAUAAUUACAAUAACUGCGUGCACAUCAUAGACCAGGAUGGACAGUUCCUUAAUUACAUACAGUGUGAAUUAUGUGGACCCUGGGUACUGUGUACAGAUACAAAUGACAAUCUGUUUGUUGCUCAAAAUAGCACAAGUCAUAUACUUUGUGCCGAAAUUAGUUUAAAUUUGUUGUGCAGUUCUCUAUGCAGAGAAGAGGCUAAGAUAUUUAAAAGGUUACGACUGAUUGAGAAUGGAAGACAACAGUUAGCAAUAGGUCACUUGAGUGACUCAGGUGACCUUAAAUCAUAG